CACCCAAAAUAGUAGUUCACCCAAAACACAAUAAAAAAAGGGCCCAAAUAGUGGCCACGUCACCACCCAAAAUGCUCAAAACCUUAGCCACCAUCUCCACCACUUCACCACCACUCCUCUCCACCGCCACCGCCACCGCCACCGCAAAGCACCUCUCUCUCUCCUCCCCCUUCCUCCUCAAAUUCCACCCCAAACCCACCUCCCCUUUCCCCCAAACCCUCCGCCCCAUCUCCCUCUUCCGCCCCACCAUGAACAUCCUCAACCGCCUCGGCUUCGGCCCCAAGACCCCCGACCCGAACUCCGAGUCCGCCGCCAUCGCGCAGGGCCCCGACGACGACGUCCCGGCGCCGGGCCAGCAGUUCGCCCAGUUCGGAGCCGGGUGCUUCUGGGGGGUAGAAUUGGCAUUUCAGAGAGUUCCCGGGGUCACCAAAACGGAAGUUGGGUACUCUCAGGGGUUGCUGCAUAGUCCGAGCUAUGAGGACGUGUGUACUGGGACGACGAGCCACAAUGAGGUCGUGAGGGUUCAGUAUGACCCUAAAGACUGUAGCUUUGAGGGCCUGCUUGAUGUGUUUUGGUCAAGGCAUGAUCCCACCACGCUCAAUCGUCAGGGUGGUGAUGUGGGAACACAAUACAGAUCUGGAAUCUACUUCUACACACCUGAGCAAGAGCAGGCGGCAAAGGAAUCUCUGGAGAAACACCAGAAAACCGUGAACCGGCCAAUCGUGACAGAAAUACUUCCUGCUAAGAAGUUCUACAGGGCAGAGGAGUACCACCAGCAGUACCUUGCCAAAGGAGGCCGCUUUGGUUUUGGGCAAUCUACUGAGAAAGGAUGCAAUGAUCCAAUCCGAUGUUACGGCUAAUCUAUAUGCCAUCACCACCUAGAAAGGCAGAUCGUCCCUUGAGAUUGUUCAUAGAUUUUGUGCUCGCCCCAUAUAUUUUGCAUGUAACUAGCGUUUACUUACUGUGUGUAGUAAGUGUGCUUGUGGAUUGUAUCCAUGGUGUGAGCGUGGAUUAAUAAGCCAAGACUGGAGUCUCCUAGCUCUUAUAAUCUACUAUCAGAAAUUUGCAACUUCUGAUUUGUUUGUACACAAUUUGAAGCCACGAUCUUUCUUAUAA